AUGGGCUCCUCCGAGAAUCAGGCUGCCACGCCAAACCUGCGAUACAUCCCCCUCUCCUACAGCCCCGCAGACUCCCAGGCAUCCGCCCUUCGGCUGAUCCUCACCCUCUUCCCCGACUGGGAGGGCCCGGAGAACAAGAUCGAGUUCGUGCGCUUCACCGAUGGCAUCACCAACACUCUCCUGAAAAUCAUCAACCGCAAGGAAGGCUUGACCGAUGAGCAGGUAGACAAUGAUGCGGUAUUAAUGCGCGCAUACGGCAAUGGCACCGAGAUCCUUAUAGACCGCGAAAGAGAAACCACGUCACACGCCCUUCUUGCCAGCUGCGGUCUCGCUCCUCCCCUUCUCGCUCGUUUCAAUAAUGGCCUUCUCUACCGUUUCAUUCGUGGCAAGCCUUGUGGCCACGCGGACUUGGCCACUGCGCCAAUUUACCGUGGUGUUGCUCGGCGACUUGCGCAGUGGCAUGCGGUUCUUCCUAUUCCCGUGCCCGUGUCUACACCUGGAGCAGACUUGACCGCCAAUGGCGAGAAACACGAGUUUGAGCUGAUCCAACCACGUCGCGCGGGGCCCUCCAUGUGGGCUGUCCUUCAGAAGUGGAUUCUUGCUCUCCCCGUGGCCACGCCUGAACAGCGGGCCCGCCGAUUAAACCUGCAGCAGGAAGUUCAGUGGGUAGUGGGCAAGCUUGACGAUGGAAAGGGCAUCGGUGAAGACGGGCUCGUUUUCUCUCACUGCGAUUUGCUUUGCGCCAAUGUUAUUGUUCUGCCUAGUGACGAUAACUCCAAGCCCUCUGAUGAUACCACCCCCGUCAACUUCAUCGACUACGAAUAUGCUGUCCCUGCCCCAGCAGCCUUUGACAUUGCCAACCACCUGGCUGAGUGGAUCGGCUACGACUGCGACUACAAUAUGAUCCCCACGCAAUCAGUGCGCCGCCAAUUCCUGACCGAGUACACUAAGAGUUAUAUCCAGCACCGCAAGCUGGAUGCCUCAUCGGAGGGUGAGAUCGUCGCCAAAUUAUCUGAAGAUGUUGAUAGAUUCCGUGGUAUUCCUGGUCUUUACUGGGGUGUUUGGGCUCUUAUCCAAGCCCAAAUUUCGCAAAUUGAUUUCGACUAUGCUAGUUACGCCGAGCUCCGCCUAGGCGAGUACUGGGCCUGGAAGCGCGAAAUUGACGGCACCCGCCAAAGCAGCGGAGAGGCCAUGCCCCUUCGCGAACAGCGCUGGGCGCAACAGGCAUAA